UAUCAAUCAUUAUUUUCCGUCCUAUUUUUGCUAUCAGUUUUUCGGGAGCUGAUUGCUAUCAACUGAUCGUUCUAUGGAGGUGCAAAAACUCUUAUAAAUUACAGCCGUAUUUCGUGAAGCCGUUCUUGUUUGAAGUGCUCAAUGUCACGUGCGGUGUACUCCGGAUGUAUUCUAUACGAAGCGAUGAAGUUUGUGCAUGGAAUCGUGCCGUUUUCAUCGGUUUGAACAACUUCCGGUCAUGAUUCUGUACCUCUGGCUCGGCAUCAUCAAUCUAGUUAGGUGCUAGCUGUUCGAACUUGCUAGCUUUGCUCUCGGAUACAAACCAGAUCUUGCCGUAUACUAUACAUAGUUGAAGUACAUAUCAUGUAGAAUAAUUAUUGACAGAUGCAUUGAAGCUCUUCCGUUGUGUACCGUACAGUCUCGUUCUAAACAAUCAGAAAAAUAUGAAGCAUUAGAUAGGAAAUUGAAUAGUCUACUCACAAAAAUACUCAUUAGCCGAUAAAAAUUGCAACGAAUUACAACGCGAUACUCAACACUCUCUUCAGUGCGCUACUACAGGUGUACAAUAUGUACUACGGAAGGAACUGGUGAAAAACCCCAAUGCAUUUUGAAUAACAAUAGCAAACAGUAAACGAUGUACUCGACUCAACAUCACACCACCGCGCUGAGUGGAUUCUUGCAGUCCCGAAAUGGUAGCACCGGAUCGCCAGUGGUAAACGAACCGUAACGUAUCACCAUUGCAGACAACACCAACAACAAUGCGCCAAACAAAAGUAGAACAAAGAACCGCGAAAAGUGAUUUAUGAUGAGAGUAAUUGUAAAAAAAGCGAACAGUCCCAACUCAUGAUUUUCCUGUAUGUACAUGCAGUAAUCGAAAGCAAAAGAUAAGCUAAGUUUGGUCAGCACUGAUUCGCUGACUUCCGGAACGGAAAUAGUUUCGUUGUACGACUUGCGUCUCGACCACGUGACUAUUCGGAUGAGAUUUAGCUCAAGCUGAAACGAACUUUUGAGAACCUCCUGUGCCACGGUACGCUAUAAAUUAUAUUUCAAGAGAAAUCUUGGAAAUAAACGACAAUUUUGAGCAAUCUCGAUUAUGAACCUCUUGCUCGGUGCAACUGUGAAAGAAAUGUUAGUGAUAGUCAUAGAAAUCUAAGUGAGAUUUGUGUUGUGAACAAAUGGAAACAAGAUUUGAAGUGCGGGAUACAAUUCUAAUUACUGUAAUAGCUGUUCGUCGGUAAACAGCAUCACACAAGCAUCACAGCGGGAGACCGAGGAAACAACUCUGUAAUCAUGAAGCUAACAGAGAUGGGUACUCGCAACCAUGGCCACCCGCGAACACUGGUUACUCUUAUUUUUGGGACGGUAUUAGGCUUCAUGUUCGCUACCUUCAUCACCUCCAGUACUAGUCGAGCACCGUGGAUUCCGGAGUAUUAUCACUCGUCGAAGGAAGCUCCGGCGGUAGUCAGUGAUCCUCACACAGGUAAUGAGCUGAGGGAUGCGGCGGGCCCAGAGCAGGACGUUGGUUUCCAUGGAGAACACGAAGAGGCUCACGCUCACGAAAACUCUUCGUUGGCACAUCAGCUGCAACGAGAGGUGCGGGUUCUCUGUUGGAUUAUGACAAAUCCUGGCAAUCACAAGAAAAAAGCACUCCAUGUCAAACGGACGUGGGGUUCACGGUGCAACAAGUUGCUGUUCAUGAGCUCGAAAGAGGAUCCUCUAUUGAACUCUAUCGCAUUGCCGGUCAAGGAAGGGCGAAACAACCUGUGGGCUAAAACGAAGGAAGCAUUUAAGUACAUUUACCAGCAUCACUUGGAUGAUGCCGACUGGUUCAUUAAGGCUGAUGAUGACACGUACGUCGUAGUAGAAAACCUCAGAUAUAUGUUAUACCCGUUCUCGCCGAGUUUCCCAAUAUAUUUCGGGUGCAAAUUCAAGCCAUUCGUGAAGCAGGGUUACAUGUCUGGCGGAGCUGGCUACGUACUGAGUAAAGUGGCCGUUAAACGCUUCGUCGAAGAGGCCAUUCCUAACAAAAACUGUCGACAGGAUAAUGAUGGCGCUGAAGAUGUUGAAAUGGGUAAAUGCAUGGAAGUGGUAAAAGUUCUGGCAGGUGAUUCACGCGACUCUCUAGGCAGAGGGCGAUUCUUUCCCUUUGUUCCCGAACAUCAUCUCAUUCCCAAUCAUGUGGAUAAAGAUUUCUGGUAUUGGAAAUACAUUUACUAUAAAACUGACGAGGGUCUAGACUGCUGCUCGGAUAACGCCAUUUCCUUCCACUACGUCUCACCCAACCAAAUGUAUGUGCUGGAUUAUCUGCUCUAUCACUUGCGACCAUACGGCAUUGUGUCCCACUCGCAACCUCUACCAAAGAAACUCUCCUUAGCGGACGUGGUCCUGUCAGAUGAUCGUAGUAAGACCACCGAGAAUCCUGUCGGUUUAAAAUCGAAUGUCGCCAGUGAACUCGAAGAGCAGCAGAACCGACUGCUCAAUACCAAAGAUGAGCAAGAGUCGAACAACGUACUACUGGAGUAGUAGGAGUCCUAGUUUGUGUAGUAGUAGUUACGAUGGAAUAGCCAAACUACAAGCGUGCAUGCAUGUGAUGAAGGAUUUGCAAAGAGUGAUAUUGAGUUAGCUCGUACAAAACAGUGUUUGUAGGCAUUUAAGAAACUAAAGUUCAUGCGCCAUAUUAAUUAAAUGCUAUUAGGGCAGAUAUACCAAAGUUUUUUUUGUCAGUGAGUAUCGUGUAAAGCGACCCAUUCCUUAUAUGAUUAUAUCUAACGAAUCUCAAAAUAAAGUAACAUUUCAAUAACA